AGAGGCGGAGUUGCGAUGCGGUCCGUUGUACUGGGGACUGACCACUUGACUCCCCAGAUAUUACGUGCUCCCCACUGCUCUUGCUAGACUGGUCACUGCGCAUGCGCUGUAUGCGCACACGCUCGUUUUCACCCCUCCCCUUAUCGCUCUCGGAAAUCCUGCCCAACGCCCGUGCCUGCUGCUCUCAGUUGGCCAAUGACGUUACAAGCGGGUGGGGCGGAGCUUAGCUUUGAAUUGGCGCGGGGUACGGAGCGGUGGAGGGGGCAGUCGGAGAGCGUGAAGUCGCGCGAUGGGGACUGUGGAACCCGCGGCUGCGGAGAGGGGUCCCGCGCGAGCGAAGCGUAUCGCGGUGCCCCGGCCGCCCUCCAUCGAGGACUUCACCAUCGUGAAGCCCAUCAGCCGCGGCGCUUUCGGGAAGGUCUACCUGGGCCGCAAGGGGGGGAAGCUCUACGCUGUCAAGGUGGUCAAAAAAGCGGACCUGAUAAAUAAAAACAUGGUUCACCAGGUCCAGGCAGAGAGAGAUGCAUUGGCUCUCAGCAAAAGUCCUUUCAUUGUACACUUAUACUACUCACUUCAGUCAGCUAACAAUGUCUACUUGAUGAUGGAAUAUCUUAUUGGUGGAGAUGUCAAAUCUCUUCUCCACAUAUAUGGCUAUUUUGAUGAAGAAAUGGCAGUGAAGUAUAUUUCUGAAGCAGCACUGGCUCUUGAUUACCUUCACAGGCAUGGGAUAAUCCACAGGGACCUGAAGCCAGACAACAUGCUAAUUUCUAAUGAGGGCCAUGUUAAAUUGACAGACUUCGGGCUUUCCAGAGUUACUCUGAACAGAGAGAUAAAUAUGAUGGAUAUCCUUACUACACCAUCAAUGGCUAAGCCUAAACAAGAUUAUUCACGUACUCCAGGACAAGUGUUGUCUCUCAUCAGCUCUCUGGGUUUUUACACCCCAAUCGGUGGGAAAAUGCAAGGACCUAGUUCAAGUCCCAUGUCGUCUGAUGCUUUACAACUUUCUCGAGAAUUGGUUUCUCCCAUGUCUGUUGGUCAAAAGGAUUAUACUCCUGUUUCGAAUAAACUAUUGAAAUCAUGUCUUGAUGUUGCUGCCUUAAAUCCCGGGAUGCCAGUGAGAAGUUUAACUCCAACUCUCCUUCAAUCUAGGAAAAGAUUUGGUACCUCUAGUGCCAGUAGCCACUCACGUACGCACAUGUCCAGUAUGGAAUCAGAAUGCUGUAGCAGCCCCAGGUGGGAGAAAGAUGUACAGGAAACUGACAAUAUACUGUGUUCUGGAACAGGCAAGGCAAAGGAAAAGCUUUCUAAUACACAAUUACUGAAUGCAAAAGACAGUACAGCCUUAAAAAAGAAGGAACUUGAGUUUGCCAUCUCUCCCAUUGGUAGCAAUGACUCUGGCUGCAGGCAUGAUGCAAAAAUUGAGCAUUUUGAUGUAGGGGACACUCCUCUGACUGCAUCAGAUGUGAAAGAUCUAGUCAGAAAAUGUCUUUCUGAAAAUAAGGCUUGGGAAGAAAAACUUGUGGAAAGAACUGGUGUGGCUAAUGAGACAGGAAAGUCUUCCAUUCGCCACCAGUCAUGCUCAUCGUUGGUUGAUCCUGCCAAAUGCAUCGAAGAGGAGGACGUUCUUGAAAAGCCAGGUGUAAAAAGAAGCUUUGAACUAGUUGACACCAGUCCUUUUCAAGAACUUAACUAUGUUAAAAAAAGCAAUGCAGAAUAUAAACGUGGCUGUCAAAUCUCAGAAUUUCAGGCAAACCAAAGCACAGGUUUAACAACGGAAAUCCAGUGUUUGAUGCUUUCUGGUGAUAAAGGUCUACAGGAGACCCAUAAAAAUGAAGAAAAAGCUAAGGAUUCCAUCUAUAGGCAGCAAACAUCAGAAAAGUCAGCCACUCCAAUAAUAGCUAAGAAUCUUAUGCAUGAGCUAAAUGCAGAUUGUGAAAAAGAUAGUAAAAAGGAGUAUAUUAACUCUAGUUUCUUAUGCAUUGAUGAUGAAAAACCUCUUGGAAUCUUGAGUGCAGACUCUGAUUUAUCCUUCCCUGAGAUUUCUGUUACAGAGAGCCAUUUAGAAAAGCAGCUUUCAGACCUGGAUAAGAGUAUUAAAGAACUUUCCUUUGAGGAGUUGAAAACUGAGGACAUGUCAGUAAUGUUGUCCUGUUGUCAAGAUGCCUCACCAAGAGGUGAGGAAGAGAAUAUUGUCCAGGACAGCAAGCCUUUGUGCCAUGAACAGGAUAACAUCCUGAAAUGUUUGCUUGAAACUCAUACUGACGUAAUCUCUUCUCCCUCAGAGGAGAUGAUGAAAACAUUGAACCUCCUUAAAAAAAAUGUUGUAGCUUUUCGAAGUUAUAACAGUCCAAUUAAUGUGUCCAAUGCAUCCGAGCCAUCAAGAAUUAGCAUGGCUUCUUUAGAUGUAAUGGAUCUCUCUCCUGCUUGUAGUGGCUCUUACCCCAUGGCUAUUACCCCAGCACAAAAAGGAAGAUCUUGUAGGGUUUAUCAGACACCGAAUCAGGGAAAUGCUGACACACCAUAUAGGACUCCAAAGAGUGUAAGAAGAGGGGCUGCCCCAGUGGAAGGUGAACGCAUUUUAGGAACCCCAGACUACCUGGCACCUGAGUUGCUAUUAGCAAAGCCUCAUGAGAUUCUGAUGUCUGGUCCUGCAGUAGAUUGGUGGGCUCUUGGAGUUUGCUUGUUUGAGUUUUUAACUGGAAUUCCACCCUUUAAUGAUGAAACACCACAACAAGUCUUCCAGAAUAUUUUGAAAAGAGAUAUUCCUUGGCCUGAGGGUGAAGAAAAGUUGUCCAGGAAUGCCCAAAAUGCAAUAGAUAUUCUUUUAACCAUUGACACUACAAAGAGAGCUGGACUGAAGGAGCUGAAACAUCAUCCCCUCUUUCAUGGUGUAGACUGGGAUAAUCUUCAGAAUCAAACUAUGCCUUUCGUACCUCAGCCGGUUGAUGAAACAGAUACUUCCUACUUUGAAGCUAGAAAUAAUGCUCAGCAUCUGACUGUGUCUGGAUUUAGCUUAUAGAAUUGAGAAAAUGGAUCUUUGUCCAUGGUUUUGCACAUUUGUAAACUACCCUUUAACACUAGUUUGGUCUUGGUUUUCUUACCAAACAUGGUUUUUAAAACAGUUGAUCAGUCUGCUUUUAAUAUGUAUAUCCUUUGUCUAAAACAAAACCACUAUACAAAAUGUUCAUUAAUUCCAAAUGGCUUGUUGUUUUUUAUUUAUCCUACUUUCUGCACCUUAUUGAGAGCCUGAGUAUGUAUUUGUAAAGUUAGUAAUGUCACUUUCACACUUGGCAAAAUAUUUCUCUGGCUGCUGUGGAGUACUUCCAAUUUGUUGGGGCUAUUUUGCAAUUAAACACAACUGAGUGGGGGCAUAAAAUGCAUUAUUUAUCUGUCUGGGGUUCAAUAUGUUCAUAGUCACAUUUGGGAUAGGAACUUUCAGACCAAUUUGGAGCUGCAUCCAUAGGGAAAAUGGAAGUUUUUACACUGCCCUGAGAUCUAAAAAACAUCUUAUCCCUCUGAAUUACUCCUUAGUGGGAAGAGAACAGAGAUGUUCUUGGCAUCCCUAGGUCACAUACACUGCCUGCUCGGCUGCUGGUUGUAAAACUUAACUGUAUUUUUGCUGCUAACAUUUUUCCCCUGGCAAAUGCACAGAGUUAAGGAAGCUUAUAGCAAGUUAA